UCUAGGGCUGUGUAAGACUACAGUUCCCAGCGGAAUGCGGGGCCGCCAGCGGCUUAGGGGCGGAGCCUUGCAUAAGGUGCAGUCAUCCCAAGCUCCUUCCGCGGGACGGUAAUGGCCGGAGAGAUGACGAUUUUAGGAUCAGCUGUUUUGACUCUCCUGUUGGCUGGCUAUUUGGCGCAACAGUAUUUACCACUGCCCACUCCUAAAGUGAUUGGCAUUGAUUUAGGUACCACCUAUUGUUCCGUUGGAGUGUUUUUUCCUGGCACAGGAAAAGUAAAGGUGAUUCCAGAUGAAAAUGGGCAUAACAGCAUCCCCAGCAUGGUGUCCUUCACUGACCAUGAUGUAUAUGUGGGAUACGAGAGCUUAGAGCUGGCAGAUUCAAAUCCUCAAAACACAAUAUAUGAUGCCAAAAGAUUCAUAGGUAAGAUUUUCACCCCUGAAGAGCUUGAGGCCGAAAUUGGCAGGUACCCAUUUAAGGUCUUAAACAAAGAUGGAAUGGUUGAGUUUUCUGUGACGAGUAAUGAGACCAUCACUGUAUCCCCGGAGUAUGUUGGCUCUCGACUGUUGCUGAAAUUAAAACAGAUGGCAGAGGAAUAUCUUGGAAUGCCAGUUACCAAUGCUGUCAUUUCUGUACCAGCAGAAUUUGACUUAAAACAGAGAAAUUCAACAGUUCAAGCUGCUAACCUUGCAGGACUAAAGAUCUUAAGGGUGAUAAAUGAACCCACAGCAGCAGCCAUGGCCUAUGGUCUCCACCAGGCUGAUGUUUUCCAUGUCUUGGUAAUAGACUUGGGAGGAGGAACCCUCGAUGUGUCUUUACUGAAUAAGCAAGGAGGAAUGUUUCUAACCCGAGCAAUGUCUGGAAACAACAAACUUGGAGGACAGGACUUCAAUCAGAGGUUGCUUCAGUAUUUAUAUAAACAGAUCUAUCAAACGUACGGCUUCCUCCCCUCUAGGAAAGAGGAAAUCCACAGAUUAAGGCAAGCUGUGGAAAUGGUCAAAUUAAAUCUGACUCUUCAUCAAUCUGCCCAGAUGUCAGUAUUACUAACAGUCGAGGAAAAGGACAGAAAGGAACCUCUGGAUGGUGACAGUGAACGACCAAAGGACAAACUUACCCCAGCAGAUGAUUACCAUGCUAACAGAGCAUUUGAACCUAGCCUUUCUGAAAAGAAUGGUAGACAAAAUCAGGUUUUAUUUGAAACAGAAAUAUCUCGGAAGCUCUUUGAUACCCUCAAUGAAGAUCUCUUUCAGAAAAUCCUUGUGCCCAUUCAGCAGGUAUUAAAAGAAGGCCAUCUAGACAAGACUGAAAUUGAUGAGGUGGUGUUAGUUGGGGGUUCUACUCGCAUUCCUCGAAUCCGCCAAGUCAUUCAAGAGUUCUUUGGGAAGGAUCCCAACACGUCUGUAGACCCUGACCUGGCAGUGGUGACCGGAGUGGCCAUUCAAGCAGGGAUUGUUGGAGGCUCUUGGCCUCUGCAAGUCAGUGCUUUAGAAAUUCCCAAUAAGCAUUUACAAAAAACCAACUUCAACUGAAUUCUGAGGAAUGUUGAUCUUAUCUAAUGAUCACUUUCCCUUUAACAGACCACCUGCUCUAAAAAAGAAAAUCUCUCAAAUGGCUCACAGACUUACCUACAAAGCAAUAUUUACAUAUAGGGAAAUUUUAUGUAGCAUUUUGUUUUAGGGUUAGAUGUGACCAAAUCUCACUUUGGAGACAUCUUAUUCCAGCAAGUACCUCAAAAAAGUUAGAGUUGAAAAAUUUACUAGAGGAACGUAGUUGGCUGUAUUUAUUGGAUUCUGGAAAUAGAUAACCAUAUGCAUCUAACAUUAAAUAGUGCCAAUUGUAAGAUAUCCAGUUCUUACUAAAUUGCAUUAGUAGGACUUGGUAAUUUCUUUACCAUUUCUUGCAUAUCACAUGUAACUUAAUUUUGUCUAUACUUGAAGAACAGUGUUGAUGUCAGAUAUUUACAUGAGCUGGGAGAUAGCAGUAUUAUUAAGCUGCAUAUCUAAUACUAACAGGCAUGUACACAUUUAUUUUCACAAUGCAGUGUCCCAUUAUGUGUCAUAUUCAUGCAAUUUAUGGACUUCAGAUUAUUUUAAUGUAUUUAAUAAACAAGUUUAUUUUGUUUCUAAAAUAGCUAGUUAUGAAAGGUUUCUAUAGUAGAUAGUAAAAAUAUACAAUUUAUAUUAUAGUUCCUUUAUUUCUUAUGCAUCAUUUGCUGUGUUUCCAUGGUUCUGUCUGAUUAGAAAACAGGAAGGAAUCAUUAAUUGAAUUUUUAAAAUGUGUUUCUGUCACAAGAAGGCUGCCAUUAUUAUCUCAUUUUGUUACCUAACACUUUUUCACAUUGGUAAAUAGCAUUAAUUCCCACUUAUUUUGUGAUUUUGUUUGUAUUUUCAGUAAACUCUAGGGCCUGUAGCAUGCAUGCAUUUAACCUAUCAAAUGUUACUCAGUUUGACUGAGAUUUUCCUCCAUAUUUAGUUUUGCAUGACCAAAUUCAAACUGUAAGAGGCCUGUUACUUUUAAAUAGUUGUACAGUUUUCAUCCAAAAGCUUAGUGUGUGAUGAGCAAGAAAACUGUGAAUAAUUCUAAUGUGGAAGGCAAUGUAGAAAAUUUUUCUGCAAAUCAGCAUUUAUAGCAAUUGUAUUUUUUUGCUUUUUUUAAGAAAAGCCAUAGAAGGGAAGAAGAGACAAAAUAUAGCAGUUCGAUUACCAUGAUUUGAGAUAAUGUACCCUUUUUCCUUUGCAGUUAUUAGGCUUCAUGUUAAUACUAAAAACUUAUAUUUGAGUUCCUUUUUUUUAAAAUGUUGAAUACAUACCUGUUUUAUCCAGUGUUGAAUUUGAAAGGAUGUUGAAUUUCCAGUCACUGAAGAGUUAAACACAUUUAUUUCACCAACAUCAAACAUUUCAGCUUUUCAUGAUAAAAAAGUGAAUGAUGUUAAGACUUUUUUUGCGUAUCUAAAAAGAAAAAUAUUUCUUAGAAGUGAAACUGCUGUUAAAACUUAAGAACAUGUGUGCAAUAUAUGAUAUCAAAUACUGUGUUUUUAGAAUUAAUGGAGAAAUGCCAAAGAUGAAUCUUUCACUGCAUUAUGAAAAUAAUGAGGUGUUCUCUGGACCUCGUUAGAUUAUAGAAUUGAAAAAUAUCUUUGUGAAACUCUUUGAGAGAAAAAUGUUGAAUUUGUCUGAAAAUUUCCACAUACAGUAUCAGCUUUAACCUAAAGCAUUUUAAGAUAAAAAGAAAGCUUAAAUUUCUUAGAAUAUUGGUAAGAUUCAAAGCAACCUGUCACUUUUAAAAGGAAACAAUUUUCAGAACUAGGAAACUAAUUUUAUACUAGAAUUGGAACUUUAAAUUCCAAUUUAAAAACAGAAUGGCAGUGUUGGAAGUUGGGGGCAGUAGCUUAGCAUAUUCUCUACAAUAGUUAUACCUUUUAAGAAAAGGAAUUUAUCUCUUCUGUCAUGUUUUAGGGAGGAAUAUAUGCAUAAUAUUGAUAAUCAAUGUAGUUUAUUUAAAAAUGCAUCCUAAAAAUGGGUUAUUCAUGAAUGACCAUCUGAAAUCAUUUUUCAUAAAAUGAAUCUAUUUUGUUGUACAUUGACUUUUUUAGUAUAUACCUUUUAAAAUACUAAGUGUCUUGUGUGAUCAGAAAAUAUGAAUGAAUAAUUUAUUUUUUACGAGGGAUGUGUUGGUACCAUUCUCAUUCUAGCCACUAACCAACAGGUACUACUAUGUAUAUUAUGUAGUGAACAUUACAAUUUAUGUACAGAACAGGUUGUGCCUCUCAAAUCUGUGUAUAUGGGUAUUUCAUAUUUUAAUGUAAAUAAAUACCAUUUUGCAGUUUUUUUAAA